AUGCUGGCGGGCGUCAUCGCGAACCCGGCGAGCUCGGAGAGGCCGGCGCCGUCGCUCGGGCUGCGAAUGUGCGACGCCAUCGCCGACCUGCUGGAAUGGGGGCGACAGGCCCUACCGGAUCUGGCGUCGACAGAUAACGGCAUUCUCGAGCCAUUGGUGGAGCACCGGAUGUGGAAGGCGAAACACGGCCUCACGGACGGGAUCUACGCGGGCACCUUCGCUCAGCUCCAGGCCUUGAUGGCCGACCUGGGGAGGGCCUGCGACCGAGAAGCUGCACCAAAGAUCCCGGCGCCGGCGAGCGAGGCGACGGUGACAUUGAGCCUCGCCCACGAGGUCACCGCCACCUCGCGCGACGCGUUUGCCGCCGCCUUCCGACGAGACGUGGCGGCGUCACUUGACGUGAACGAGGAUGCGGUCUUCGUCCUCACUAUCUCGGCCGACUCCGCCGUCGUCGACUUCAGCGUGCCCGGCGCCGGUGACGUGGCGGGCAUACUACGCGGGGGCGGCCUUUCAACGACGUACCUGACCCACUUUAACGGUGGCGUGACCGUCGACGCCGAGGUUGGCGACAAGACGUGCCCACUACUGUGGCAGGCGGCAGACUCCACGGAGACGCGCUCAUGGGAACGGCGGCUGGCUCAGGCGUUCCACCCCGAGGGGAUGAUCUGGGAGGAGGAGGGCCGCGAUGUUCUCGCCAACUUCCUGCUACUGUCGUCGCGUCUCGUGGCGAUCGGGUGGGUCCAAAUCAAGUUGGCGGCGGCGGCCGUCGACGACGAGGAGACGGCGGUGCGCUUGGGACGGGCAUACGGCGAUGUCUUUGGACGAGCUCGGGCGGAGGCAGAGCAGCGCGGCAGAGCGGAGGAUCACGGCAGAUGGACGGACACGUCGCUCGAGGUGGCAUCGGGUGGCCUGCACAUGUUCUUCCAUAGGGCGCAAGCCUUUGCCGACCGCCGAGGCGGGGUCGGCCCGGUCUUCUGGCGGGAGUUUGUUGAUGCGGCGCGGGGGAGGGGGGAGUGGGCUCCGCUGCAGCUCCUCUCGGAGAUCCAGACGAGUGCGGGCGCCCGACUCAGGGCGAUGCCUUGGCUGAUGUGGAACCGGCGGCCGUUUGCAGGGGCGACCAACGGGGACACGCUGGCUCAGCCGAUGGAGGAGCCUGGGGCAGAGGCUCUGAGCGCCCAGGCGGAGGCCGACCUCGUUAACCACCGUGCAGCGGCGGCGCGGCGCGCAGCGGCGAGCAAGUGGCGGGCGAAGCAGAGGGAGAAGAACAUCUGGUGGUGGCAGGCGAUCUGGCGGGAGAUGGAGACUGCCCGAGCUAGAGUACAGCAGAUCGCGCGGAUCGUUGCGAGGGGGCAGUGGCGAGGGCGGUACCCGGAGGUGCUCAUCGUGGAGAACGCGACGCAGCUGAUGGAUCUGCUCUACAACCAGCUGGAUGGAUGUGAGGUUACCGACUGCACUCCAAGUGCUCCAAGUGCUCCUGGAGCGAUAAAACGGUUCCCCCCAAGGGUUCCUCCCACCCAGAACAUGCUGCUGUCUUAG